GCCAUUGUUACACUAAUGUAUAAAAGUAAUCAUUCCGUACACUAACAACCAACACUAACACGGAAUAACGUAUAAAGGUGAUAAAUUUUCAGUAUGUUCAGGUAACUUUAGUGUAUUCGUGGCAGUGUCUUAGUAAUGUGCCUUCUGUAAUUUUUUUAAAAAGUUGAUAAUAUGGGUAACAGUCAUCCACACGGACACGAACACAAAAGGAAAAGUCAAGAUUCAACUGCUUCAUCUGGAGGUGGUUCAAAUAAUAGUUCAAAAAAGGAUAUUUCCAGAUCAGCGUCAGGUACCGACAUUCACGAAAGGUCUACGCAUUUACUACCUGUCGAAAAACUAGCUAAAAUUUUGGUCACAAAAUCGCAAGAAGAAGAAGGAGUCAAUGGUGUGACGAAACGAACAUUCGUGAAUUACUUGUUUCCCAGAUACCCCCUUCUGGGAGAGAAAUUGUUUGAAUAUUUCCAUAAGAAUUCAAAAAGUAAAGUAUCCUACAUAGGAAGUUCUCCGUUCAAACAGCAAUGUGAUCGAUUUUUAGGCAUAUUAAAUGAUGAUACCGCUAGGGACACGUUGGUACGAAUGUUCUCAUCCUAUGAUGAAAAUCAAGAGACGCACGUAAUGACUUCGGAACAAUUAAAACAAUUGCUAAUGUGUGAUUAUCACAUUUCGAUGGAUCAUUAUUCGGGGGGGCCACAAAUGUGUGUAGCAAUUAAUAAGACACUCAAAGCGGUUAUCGAUAGCUGUUUCCACGGUAAAGAGUCACUUUCAUGGCAAUACGUUUCGCACUGGUUGCAAGCCAAUUGUCCACGACUUCUGUUACCUCUCCAUCGAUACGCUGUUCACUCUUUAGCAACCUCGUGGAGGGUGUUAGAAAGUGAUGGUCCUCCUAUGGCAACAGGUUUGGAAUUAGCUACUCCAGUAUUGGAAGAAGGCAAUCCCUUUGAUAAGGCGAAGCCUCAACAACAUCUGUUGCAAAUGAGUAGUUCUUGGCUGUUAGCUGGAGCUUUACCUCCGUUAUAUUCACGUCCUCAAAAGGCUCACUCUCCAAACAGUAGCGGAGUAGGUUUAAGUAGCCAAACAUUUUUCAACAAGUUUAUUAGUGCAGUACCAUCUCAUUGGAUCCUUCUAUACGACUCUAACGAGAUGGGAUUGGGGUUAAACAGAUUUUUACAUCAUGUGAUGGGGUAUAAGGGACCGACACUUAUUCUCAUUAAAAUAGAAAACGAUACGAAAUUCUGUGUAGCUUGUCCAAAUGAAUGGAAGGAGUCACAUCAAUAUUGGGGUGGUGAAGAAUCGGCUCUGUUCCAAAUUUUUCCUAAAUUCCUUCUGUUGGACAAAGGAGCGAAGAUGUUGUACUUAAAUACCACGGUGCGUGGUUAUCCUCAAGGACUGAGAGUUGGAAGAGAUCCCAGAAGCCCUGUUAUUUCGGUGAAUGUUGGCUUUGAGAAACUGGAAUACCACAAAGUACCUUACGAACUUAAAUGCAUAGAAGUGUGGGGAUGCGGUGAUUCUACCAGUCGCGAAGUUCAGUUGGAGAUAAAAAAGUGGGAAAUAAAGGAAGCUGAAAGACAACGUAACGUUAAAUUAAGCGCAGCUGAUUGGCUGGACCAUCCGGAUAGGUAUUUACUCGAACUGGCCGGCAGACCGCAGUAUAACGACCAGCAAAAUCCUACUUGAACAGUUGCUAUACAUUUGUAGAUCAUUAAUUUAAUUUCUCUAAAGGGUUAGUCGUGGUAUCUCUUAUUUAAGUGAUUAUAAAAACAAUUUUGCUAUUUUAUUUUCUGUUUAUUUGAACGCAAUCGUUAAUGAUUAGUAUAAUUAAAUUGUUGGUAUUAUACUUAGUAAAUUAAUUAGACCAAAUGAAAUUUAGCCUUGCAUUUCCUGGGAUUGCAGCAUGCAUGAAUGUAUGCUUAAUCCAUGUCAAUAUUGCAUCUGGUAAUAAUUGACAAAUUUUAUUAACCUUUACGUGUAAAUAUUGUUAUAUCCUGAUUUUAAUUUAAUUUCCCAAUUUUCCAAUAGAUUUCUACUCAAACAACUCAAUUCUUGUGUCAUUAUAUAGUAAAAUAUACUAAACAGUAUAAUUUUAAAUAGUAUGGAUAUUAAUCUUUAAUCGCUUUGUAAAAUCUGACGGUGCCUAUUGAUUACACAUACAUUUGUAUAAAAUUUGAAAUGGACUUACACUGAAAGUAUUUUUUGGAUAGCAUGUAUGGUAAAUCCAAGUAGAAAUAAGACAGUUUAGAAAAAGUUAUAAUUGAAAUUAUGGGUAGUGUUAAGUAAAAUAAUUUUUAGUUCUUACC